AUGGCAGCUGUGCUGCUGGCUGCUGUGGGCUACCAGUGUGCUGCGACAUGGCGCUGGAUCAUGGGCAGGACAAGAAGAGAAUCCGAGGAGAGCAACUGCGACUCCCUCUCUCGACAAGCCGCUAUCCGCAUUAGCCACUCCCUGCCUGAUCUGCAGACGGAGCCCUUGAAGCAGGAGUACGUUCAGGAGCACAAGGACCCGGCUAAAAAGGUCCUCCGGCAGACCACGCUCCCUAUCGUGCCAGACCGCCACCAAACCUUCCAGCGUCAGUUGUCGCACCGCCUUGACCUGCCUUCCAUCCAGUUCAGCAUCUGCAGCCUGGAGCGUGCUGACUCUUCCAUUGGACUUAUUAAGCCGGAGCUAUACAAGAACGAGCUGGUGCGCCAGUCAUCCACCGACAGCGCUGAGCUGGAGUUCUGCGGGAAGCUGCAUUUCGCUCUCAAGUACGACCAGGAAGUGGAGGCUCUUGUUGUCAAGAUCUUCGAAGCCCGCGACCUGCCCAUCAAGGACGUGACGGGCAGCAGCGACCCAUACAUCAAGGUGUUCCUGCUGCCUGACCGCAAGAAGAAGUUCCAGACCAAGGUCCACCGCAAGAACUUGAAUCCGGUGUUCAACGAGACAUUUUUGUUCAGCGUGCCAUACGAGGAGCUGCGGCAACGUUACCUCCAAUUCUCCGUGUAUGACUUCGAUCGGUUCAGCCGCCACGACCUGAUUGGUCACGUGGUGCUGAAGGGACUCCUGGAGUCCGCAGACCUGCAUCAGGAGAUCGAGUAUACGAUGAACAUCCUUGCUCCACCUCAGGAGAAGAAAGACCUUGGAGAGCUGAUGCUGUCACUGUGCUACUUGCCGACGGCAGGCCGACUGACGGUGACCGUCAUCAAGGGCAGGAACCUCAAGGCCAUGGACAUCAAUGGGUCCUCAGAUCCGUACGUGAAGAUCUGCCUCAUCUGCCAAGGCAAGCGCAUCAAGAAGAAGAAGACGACCGUCAAGAAGAACACCCUGAGUCCGGUGUACAACGAGGCGCUGGUCUUCGACCUGCCGGCUGACAACGUGUUUGACGUCACGCUGCUUGUCAAAGUCAUCGACUAUGACAGGAUCGGACCCAACGAGCUGAUCGGCUGCACAGCCAUUGGUUCCACUCUGAUCGGCAUCGGCCGCGACCAUUGGCUAGAGAUGCUGGACAACCCUCGCAAACCAGUCGCCCAGUGGUACCCGCUGAACAAAAGCCCUCCUGCCAAUGUCACGCUGCCAAACAAUACCCAGCAGAACUCCGGGCUCAGUUGUCUAAAUGGAAGGUAA